GGAUGAGCAGGUCAGGAUUUGGAGAAUUAUUGCUGUACAAACACUCACUUAGCAGCGCUUCUGAAACAUCACUGAACAUCGAAAAAUAACACAUAAACAACAACUUAAAGCAACUUUGAGUAUAACUCUGUUGUACUGUUAUCAAUGAGCUUAAAUCAGUGCUGUUCCUACCUUGAUUUGAUCAGUCCCUGCUCCACUCCCCACGCCAUCUCUCUGACCGCAUUAGUGAUUUCAUAUCUUGACGUGUAGGCGAAGCACACAUUAAGGAAACAUCUGUAAAACACACAGAAACACACACAGUUUACUUACAAUCAACACAAUACAAUCUAUCUUAGUGUGGUUGUAAAAGUGAAGCCAUUAAUGUUUACAGUUACAGCAGUGAGUCAUUAUUAAAUAAUUACACAUACUUAUUAUGGGAUUUGGUUGUGACCACAGCUUUGGCAAUGAGCUGCUGAAGGUCAAGUGGCAGCAUGUUUAAGUCGCCCAGCACCCGGAUACACACACCGUGCUUCUCCAGGUUUUCCCUGAAGGAGAGGAGGGACAAAAGGAUUUCAUGAAUGAAUAAAAAGAAACGAGAAAAACAUGAAGACGAGCAGGAAGGACGAGAAGAAGAGCGGUCUGUUUAUGCAAGCACCUGAAACAUUUCCGCCAGCAUCUCCAACACAAAGGUGCUUCAUCGCAGGAGUUUCUACUGAUCGGCGCAUUAUAAUGACACUUCACCAAAAGCAUUGUGCAUCCUAAGUUAUUGUGUAAAAGGUGCCUUCGCCAUCAGUCAUGCAGCAUCAUCUUUGAGACAGCAGCUCUCUUAAUUACACUGACAAAGCUGCAAAAGUCGAAUCGCUGUUGGUUUCAGGAUGAGUCAGGGACAUUUGCAAUACAACAGGUGACUUUGAUUUGAUGUUUUCACAAGUUGUAUUCAUUAUUGGGGAUGAAACCAUAGAAAAAGGAUGAGACUGAGAGCAAAGUGAGAAACGAGCCUGCAUUUUAGCUGUGGUAUGUGUUGCUAAGACAAGGGACAGAACAGAGGAUUACACUGUUGAUACCACGGUGUCUCUUUUAGAAAGACUUCACAGAGCCCAAGAUUGUAAACUGAUGAUGUGCAGAAAGUCUGUUCUAAAAAGCAGGAAAGUAGUCAUUAUUGUCAAAUGUAUAAUAACUACAGGCCACAGGUGUCAAACUCAAGGCUCGGGGGCCAAAUCUGGCCCAUGGAACAAUUAUAUCUGGCCAACAAGAUCAUAUCAUACUUGUAUUAUUAUUGGCCAACCAGUAUGAAGUCUGCAGAUUUCCUCCAGUAUGAUAAUGUAAACUUUAGCACCAUUAUCUAAAAUGUCCUUAAUAAGCCACGAAAAUCUGGCAAAUUAUAGAGUAAGGAAGAUUUGAUAAAUAGUCAAGAACGUGGGGGGGGAUAUUUGGUGUUUUGUUUCAUGUUUUCAAUUUUGCAUUUCAAGAUUACAAGUCAAACAUGAUUGGAUUUUUUAUUUCAUGCUUUGAUUUUGUUCAACUCAGUAUUCGGACUUGUGUCAUUUUUAUACUUUAGAUUCCAAUUUUAAAUUUAAGUCAUACUUUGACCUUUUAAACCUGAUUUCAACGUUCUCCUCGUGUAUUUUCUCUUUAAAUGCAUUAUUUUUCUAUUUUUAAUAUCAUGCUCUGAUCUUUUGAACUAAUUAAUAAAAAUAGAAUAAAAAAAUAAAAUGUUUCUAUCUCAGAUUGCCUUUAAACUUAUCUUUUUAGAAUUUCAAACACCCCUGCAGUGCCGGUAUCUGAUUGUGUAUUUAUAUUCAAGUGUAAAGUUACAGCAUUACUAUAUGAAUAAAAAAAAACAACAACUGCAUAAAAGAUUUGCUGGUUCUUGCAAUGAAAGUCAGUAUGGGCAAAAAUAGCAACAGAAAUAAUUGAUAUCAUACACUUUUAAUUUGGUGUCACAUUUUUUCUGCACUCAAGGAUAUUCCAGGACAAGUCCAAGGAAAAUUCUACACAAUAGUCGAUGCAGUUGUUGGUUCCCCUCAUUUGUUACGGAAGCAACAACAGACUGAGGAGCUACUCCACUCAUUGAAGGUCUUAAAAUUUCUUCUGUUAAACUCACCGCUCCUCCAGUAGUUUCUCAAAUUUCUGCUUGGCCAGCUCCAUCAGCCCGUCCACUUCAUCUUUGGUGCGUUUGAAGUUCUCGAUGCUGAAGGCGUACACUGUGACCUCUUGGAUAUUCAGAUGUUUGCACCAACGUAAUGUCUGGAGUAAAAGUGAACAGGUGGAGAGCAGGAGUUACACACACCUGACAGGAUUCUUUUAUCACUGCACAAAAGACAGAUCUUAAUCAGGUCACAGCCUCACCUCUGCCAGCUUGUUGAAGCCCUGCAUGUGCCCUUCCUGGCGCUCCAUGUGUUUCUUACGAGCAAAGCGACGGUUUCCAUCCAUGAUGAAGGCCACAUGUUUGGGCAUGGGUCCAGCCUGGGGGGGACACAGUAAAGAUCAGGGACAAGGAGGAGAUUUGGCUCAUAGCAAUGGAGAAAAUUAACCAACGGCACAGCUUUGGAGAGCUGCACUCUGUAGUUUCUGAGCUCAUGAGUCAAAUAAUCUCCAUUUAUAGCUGCUAAUGUGAAAGAUCGCUCGUCUUUUACGACUGAACACUGAAUAUGAUUGAAUGGUUACCAAAAACAAUGAAAAAGGGUUCUUUACUUUGCCUAAACUAUUUGCUGGCAUUUCUCCAACUAUUUUCCGUCUUAGCGAGUGAAAUAUUUGCCUUUGGGCUCCCGGGAAGAACUUUCAGUUUGGGUUGAUUUUGGCGACCUCUUGUGGACAGAGCGGCACUGUUGUCCCUUACCUGAUCCUGUUCUAAACAUGUCAAAGUGUGCAGUUACCCAACAAUAAAUCUCAUCCUGGCAUCUAAAAACUGUUGGUUCUAUCACUCAAGCAGAUCUCUACCCCAUCCAACCCCUGCCCAUCAUUUACAGUGAGGAAAAUUAGCUCCAGAACAAAAUAAAUCUUGUUGCUGAUGAUCUGAUUUGCUUUUGUAGGUCAUACAGAUGUACACUAUCCAUCUCAGUCUAUCUCAUGACUAGACAAAAUCCCUUACAGGCGCUUGCAGCAAAUAAGGGAUUUUAAGAUACAUACUGACACAUAUGUUUUGAACCCUGACACAUAAGUUGGCGUAAUAUUUGUAUCAGCAGAUAAAAGCUUAAAAGUUCAUCAUCGGUAUCAGCAUAUUUAAGGCUAAGGUGAUGCUUCUGUGUUCCCCAACAAUGAGCGAGCUUCAGCAUGUCAGCGGUAUGGAAGUAUUUUGAAGAGUUGAUGAGCGAAAAUCUUUUGGCAAUGAUGUUGCACAACACUGGGAAAAAACUGCCAAAUGUUUUCUUUCUGCGAAAUGUAAUGCAUUAGAAAAUAUUCAGGAAAUUAAACCACAGAAACAGUGGUGUGUCUUGAUGUAAGUGGCAAAAUCUGACCCUCCGCCUACAGAAAAUGAAAAAAUAACACUGAUCAAUACUGUGUUAAAAAAUUAAUAUUAAAAAGCACAUAUUAGCCAUAAUAACCCACAGUUUCUUUCGUCUGUCUGAUGUUCUGCACAUUAUCUGAGUUUGCAACAUGUUUCCUCUGAAUUUCAGAUACGUCCAAUCAGCAGUUUUUUUAUCACUUAAUUACCACCAAUUAAUCUGAGGUGAGAUCACAAACUUCUGAUGGUAUAAAAUCAGAGCCAAACAAUUCAUACCUCUAUCUAACUGGUACAAUAGCCUUACUUAGAGAUUUCAUAUUUAGGGCAACAUACAAAGGUCUUAUAGAGAUGUUUUCUUGCAAAUGCUCAGACUGCAAUAUGGAUACAUUUGGGAUUGAAUGUGAAGCCCUCAUAUGCUGUGCUUGUAAAGUAAAGAUUAACUGCAUUUAGACAUAAUCAGCAUCAAGUAUUUGAAACAAUUUUGAUUUUUAAGUACCUCUAGUGGCUAAAGGAGUCCAUCCAUAUUAAAAUAUGUAUGUACAGAGCCUACUCACCCGGUUUUCAACCAUCAGUGGGUAGUCUUGAUUAUUUUGAGGAAAAGAUCUCAUGUAUUUUUGGAUCAUGUGCCAAAAAUCCAUGAGAUGCAGAAAGUGCAGACAAUCACAGAUGUAUAAUCAUGCAAAUAAAACCGCAGUUUCAGGCCUUACCUUUAGUAUAUUUGCAGAAAUCUUCUCCAGCAGGUUUAACUCUCCUUCUCUGAUCCACGACAUAUUCAGGCUUUGAACGGGCUAAAAAUAAGUUGAGAUUUUUUAACAGAUUUUUGACGCCUAACCUGAUUAUCUAACUUAAACUAUGAUUUUUAAAAAUAGCUAAAUGACUAAUUAAACUAAAGAAAAAAUAUAUUAUUAUUAAAUAAUUCAAAAAUGUUUCAUCUUCAUGCAGGUUAAAACUGAUUCAGCCUGACUCACGAGACAGGCAGAAAAAUGUAAGCGCUCGUGACAGCUGCGAGGUUAUAAAAGCACUGACCUACUCACAGUCGAUCCAGAAAACACAUACUGUUCAUGUACAACCCUUUAUUCAUUCAAAAUAUGAAAUCUCAUCCUAAUCUACUCCCGAAAUUACAACGAUUUUAAUCACAUCUCACAGACCUUCCAACUCACAGCUCUAACGAUGACGAUCACUUCCGCAUUGGAGUAAAGUGACGCAGCGGCGCGGUGACGUUUUCCUGUCACGUGUUUGUGGAUUUGAAAUUCAUGUGGAUGGACUGUACUGAUGGUUGAACAUCCAUGAGUUUGAUUGAAGGAUUUGUCUGUUUUUGAUUAAUUUGGAGUGGUGGUUCUCAGGUUCCUCAGGUUAGAGAAUGUAGCUGUGGUAUUGUUUCUCAUUUUAGUGUCUGUUAAUCAUAUUUCAUACUGCUCAAUCAUAAAUUGUGUUCCUCUUGUCUGUCUACCUGAAGGGACGGCCAGAGCCUCAAUGGGGCCUCAAGCAAAAUUUGAUUUUGGUGCCCUCUGUUUCUGCCAAUAAUACUGAUUUUUAAUCACACACCUUCACAAAUCUCUUUGAUUAACAUUCCCUGACAUGCAAACAUUCCUUUAUCUUGGCGUUUUUUUCUCUUCUUCCUGAAGGAUAUGUCCUUUUUUGGAACAUUGUUUUGCCCCACAACUACCUGCGCUUUGGAUGCUCAGUGCACAUUGCACAGCAGAAGGCGCAUAACAGUAGCGGAGCUUUGACAUAUCCACAGUAAGAAUCAACGGCCUACAUCAGCACUAGCAUUAAAAUGUUUUUACUUUAUUUUAUUUUAUUUUUACAAUAAUAUAUAUUUGAUCAUACAGAAGGCAUCACUUAUACAUGCAAAAAAUAAAAACUAUUUAAAUUUUUUUUUAAUUUCUCUUGGGGGCCCCCAAUUGAAUGUAUAAAACUUUUGUGUACAAAAAUUGGUAUCGUCUGACUGAUAUCAGACCUCAAUGGCCGAUAUCUGAUGCCAAUAUCACACUAUAGUUUAUUUUUUAAAUAGAAAAUACAACAACUGAAUAAAAUAUAUCAACUGAAUAUGUAUUUGAUCAUACAGAAAGCAUCACUCAUACAUGCAAAAAAUAAAAAAAUAUUUAUCAUUAUUAUUAUCAUUCUUUUUUUUUUUUUUGUCUCUUGGGAGCCCCCUAUUGGCCGCGGGGCCCUAGGCAGGCGCUCAAUUCACUUAUGCCUUGCGCCGGCUCUGGGGACAGCAGAAGGAAUCUUGCCUUAUCAGCCACACCUCCGAGUUGCAACACAUCUCCUCUCACUGAAUGAGAUUAAUGUUUGUAGUCAGCCUACAUGGCCCUUGACAAACUGAACUUAACUAAACUAAUAAUUGAACCCUUUAACCCCUGCAACAGAGAUAUGUUGUUGAUUUUUUAUUGCAUUAUUUUGUGAUAGGAGUUAAUUUCAUUUGUUUGGUUGCAAAAACACAUCAACAAACAUGAAAAAAAUAUGACAAUAAAUCACAAACACCAAUCAGACACUAAAAUGUUAACAUCUAAAAGAAGAGGUAGUGACAUGCAAUGACUACAACCCUUGCUCAUGUAGGUUCUCCUAAUAUUUUUUCCCCCUCAUGUGUGUUAAUGGAGUGGACAAAAUUUUAGGAACACCAUUUAAUAUCCAUGUUCCAUUCAUAUCCAUAAUCCAUUUUUAAGACAUGUCUAAAAACCCACUUUUAUUCCUUGGCAUAUGACCCAGAGUGAGACGGCAUUUGUUUUAUUGCUUUUUUUAAAAUUGUUGUCCCAUGCAAAAAUCAGGAAAGCCAGCUUGUUGUUCACUUGUUAUCCCAAGAAAACCAAGUAAGCAAGUCUACUGAUGUCCACUUCUGUUGCAUACAUCAAGUUUAAGACUGUUGAAGUCAUAAUGGUGAAUUCAAAUAAAUGUUUGACUAUUUUAUCUUAUUUUCUAUAAUUCAUUGUACUCUUACUGAUACUUUGAUGGACACUAUGUCCUUUUUAUGCAGUUAACAUUGGGAUACUUCCUGUGACUGUUUGGCUCAGCCUUCAAAUCAAAUACUAUUACUUAAACCUCUUAUUUUAUAUGUUUUAUUUUUCAUGGUCAGACUUACAAAAUUGUCAAAGUCAAAAUGAGCAGUAUCUCCUCCUGAUGUACAGGAUGUUCAAUGAUCAAUUUAAAUCAGUGGGUAACUCUACUUACAUAAAUGUUUUAUCCAGAUUAAUCUGGUGUCGAUAAAAAAAUUUAAGUGACCACAUUGUUAUAUUCCAAAUAAAAGAAUAAAUUGUUUUAAGAGUACCAGAGAUUCUGGUUAAAUGAUUUUGUGGUCUUUAAAGGAUAAUCCCCUAAGAGAGUCCCCUAUUAUCCCCUAUAGAAUAUAGAAUAGUGUCAUUAGCAUAACAACAAAAAGAGGAGUUGCAGUUAGGACUCAGCAGAAGCACAUAAAUGUACCAAAGUAAACCUUGAAGGAAUUGUAGAUGUGGACUGAGGAUGAAGAUGAAUUAAGGGAACAAUGAAGAAUAAUUUCAAAUAUGAUAAAUAAAUUCAUCAAAUUCAUUUUCCUUUUUGCCUAAGUAUCAAGCGUAUCUGGUACUCAACAUACUUUAACAGAGUUGUCUGACAAGAAAAAUCUUAUCCAGAUGACUUUUGACAGUCAAAUGUGUCAUUUAUUGUUUUUUUUUUUUUUUGCAUAAAAAUAGAAAAAACAAGUCUGUUUUUUCAGCUGCCUGGAUGACCCUUUGCUCUGUUUUCAAGCAUUAAAAAUUAUGAAGCAAGGAUCAUCAACCAAGUCGCUGUAGGGAUAUGGCUCAACUUACCCCGCUCCUAUGGUCAACUUAUCCCAUACAUGGGGUAAGUUGACCAUAGGAGACCACUUUUUUGGCAUGCUAUAUUAUCAAGACAGUUAUGUUUACACUCAUUCUGUUGGUUUGCAGGGAUGAACAACAUCUUGAAAUAUAUGCAGACACACUAGUUAGAGAUAAAACUAUGAUUGCCUUAAUGUAGUGAUCCAAAAUAUGAAAAGUGGCUCAUCUUACCCCACCCUCCCCUACUGGUAGUAAAUUAUAAACACAUAGUGUGGUAAAGCAUAAUAAAGGGAGGUGGGGUGUCUGUAAAAAUUGUAUGUCUAAUGUAUAAUUGUAUAGCACACCAUAGUUUGGUUAUUUUUUAAAGCUUUUGAACUGACUGGGAUCCAACAAUGAGCUCAACCUGUUGACCGUGGCCCAACAUGACUCCUGCCAAUAUUUGCAUAUCUGCAGUGCAGUACCGCCCUCUGCCUCUGGGGUGUGACAGCAAGUUCAUCAACAGUUCUCUCGCACUUUAUUUUAAGGAAAAGAAGAAGUUUCAGAUUUUGGGGGGUGAGGGGCUGGCCUUUUUUUUGUUCCGCUGGAGAAUCCUGCUUGAACGGAGAGCAGGAGCACAUCAGACCAAGCAGAAACCACAGCGCCGCGGACAAACGGCCUCGAAAUAAGGGCGCCGAGAGGGACCACACCGCCCCGUUGGAGGAAGAGCCGUUAGAAAAGCGAACGGCGUCUCCCUCCCUCCAGCUCUGCCGUUAACCAGCUCCAGGGUCAACGGGCAGCAGACAAGUAACGGACGGACAGCAGCUAUCGCCGUUAGCCCUAACUCCUCUGCGGGUCUGGGGGGUUCUGGCAGGGGCAGGGGGGCGGGGGUACACCGAGAGAGGAGAACACUAAACGCCGAGAGGAGGGGGCUGGAAGUCUGAGACGCUUCCAGCCUGAAGGGGCCGGCGGUUUGGCCACAGCACCCCCCGGACUAGCUAGCUUGUACCCGCGCGGCUAAGUGAAUGGGAUGGAGCCGGGACCGUCUGGCGCUGGUAGGUUUUAUUUUUAUUCUGUGGCUAACACGUUUUCAUCCGGACAGAAGAGCCAUGAACGCAGAUAGAGGCUGCAGCUGAACAAAACGGAGCCCCACAAGCCCGGCCUUAGCGGCAGGAGGAGGCUUGGUGACAACCCCAUGAAAUGGAGGGGGGCUCUCCUGCAGGCUUUAGACACAAAAGUGUGCGGAAAACCCUUUUUUAUUUACACACAUUAACAGUAGCAGACGAGCCUUUUAGAGCGAUGACAAUAUCCUCAGCCAUGCGCGGGGGCAGGGAGGUCGUGGGAACCUCGGUAAGGAGGGACGAGGUGAAGCCCGCCUUCAAGCAGCAGCAGCAGCAGCAGCAGCAGCUGGCUGCACCCCACACAGAACAGCACAGCAGCAGCCUCCUUUCCUCCUUCACUGACAGGUUCUGGAUGUCCAAAGAGGGUUUCACACCUUCACCUUAAAUGCACCGAUGAGAGGGGAUAGGCCUAGCAUCAGAGAGACUGUUAAAUCAUUAAUCCAGUGGUUUUCUGGUCUCACUCUGGGACCCACAUUUUCACAUGGUCCUGAAGUAGUGACCCACUUUUAUAGAAUUCAAACCAAGCAAAUGAGUUUUUGUUAAAAAAAAAAAAAAACAACCUUUAAAGACUAUAAUCUAUAAGUGCAUUUCAGAGCAUGUGAAGGGGACAAAAUGAGGAGGACAACUGCUGAAGUUGCUUGUGCAGAAAAUAUCGAAACAUGUAAUAAAUAUCGCAUUAAGUAUUUCCUUUUUUGACCAGCUGUUCGUGACCCAUCCAGAACGUGUCCGCAACCCACUUUUAGAGAAUUAAAACCAAGCAAUUUAGUUUUAAAAAAAAACCAAAAAACUUUAAAGACUAUAAUCUUAAGUGCAUUUCAGAGCACAUGAAGGGGACAACGUGAGGAGGACAACUGCUGAAGUUGCUUGUGCAGAAAAUAUCGAAACAUCUAAUAAAUAUUGCAUUAACUAUUUCCUUUUUCGACCAGCUGUUUGUGACCCAUCCAGAACGUGUCCGCAACCCACUUUUGGGUCUGGACCCACCAGUUGAGAACCACUGCAUUAAUCUAUGUGAAAACAAAAAUAGUCUUAAAGCUGUUUUUGUUCUAUGUUCUGUUAAAGAUGGGAACAGCCAAGUCAAAGAAGUAUGUGCAUUUCUAUGCUUUUUUCAGCUACUGCUUAUCAGUGCCAGAGAUCAUCUGUGUUUGGCACUCUCCUUGGAUGACACUGAGGUGUAGAGGCAGACAAUUAAUACUCAAACCAGCCAGAGUUUGACUCUGUGCCCAAGUCUGAAGUCCACCUUUGACGCAAACUUUGAUCCCUGGCGUUUGUAAUCCAGCCUUGAAUCAUUCUUGUAAGGAUUAUAAAGUAGUCAGAGGUGUCUCUAUCUACCUCUGAAUCCUCUUAGAAUUCAAUGACUCAGUACUGAACCGUGCGUUGGGUUUGUGUAGUCUUGUUUUUAUUUUUUUAGGAUGGCUGCCGACCCCCUGGAGAGCCCUCAUCUCAAAGUCUGCUUUUGUGUUUGAAGUGUGAUUAUUCAAUGUGCUGUUUUUCAUGAGCGAGCUGAUUGCCAUGUUUAGCUCAUGGUCAACAGCCAAUUACACAGAGAGCCAACUAGUUUGGCCAAAACAAUUGGUGUAUAAUUGGCUGUUCCUUCUCAUUAAUGUACUUGUGCUGUUGUGAUCUCCUGAUGAGGGGAAAGGGGUCGUCAUUAGACAUCCACUGCUGGUAGUUAUUUUGAAAAUUUGGGGCCUUGUGUCCUCGUGUUUCCUAAUCUGGAGUGUCCUUGCUUUAAAGCCAAAGCCAAGGCGAUUAAUAACCCAAAAGUGGACAAAAAAUGUACACGUCCCUCUGGAUAUUACUUAAAAGUAGCCGGUCCCGUGUGACUCAGGCUUAUUGCUCGUUAAGUCAUUAAAAAGGCAGUGGAUGUCUUUAUGUUGUGAUGCAGCACCAAGGCUCUGCUUUAAGUCCCACCGCCCGGGAAAGACUGCUAUUGUCUUGGGAUAUGUGAGAACGCUGGCUCCUCUUCUCACCAUCUGCCUUUACUGGCACAAGGGCGAAGUGUGUGUGCCAUUGUGUGAGUGUACGACGACUGCUCGAGCGCACUCUAGACGCUUGUUUCACGCACGUACAUGCUCUCUAACACACAGUCUAUGUGUGGUCGACACAUGUCUGGAGUCUGUUUGCGGUGUUUGUUGAACGUGUUGGAGAAAAGUGUGACACACUAGAAGAAGAGUUUUUUUCACGUGAUUGUGUUUCUAUAUGACUACUCCUGGAGGCUGAGUGAACAUAUGAUAGAGUGGUAUGUUUGACCCAAGGGUUUCCUCAACAGCUAUUUAAAGCAGGGAUUCCCCAGUUUGGGACACAUCAGUGCUUUGGCCUGAUGUGAGACCGUGUUCAGUGCGGGUCCAAAAAGGCCAAGGUCUCUUCAGCAUGACCACAGAGGCACCCGGCCUCCUCCCAUCUCCUCCAGCAGCCCCUGCACACACUCACACUCACAGUGGUCCCCUGAUAUCCAUGACAAUACUGUGUUGCCGUGGUGUUUCCAUGGUGAGGCUGGGAAUGUAGAGGGGGCCCCCUGUGUUUGUGUGUACGAGUGAGCCGUAGCAAGGGCGCUCCCUCCGCCGUACACCCCGUGUAUUUAUGUGUGUGUGUGUGUGUGUUUGAGUGAGUGUGAGACGGAGGAGCAGGGCAGCUGGGGUCUUUGUUGUGGUGGAGGAGGGCUGGUCUCUGGGGACCCAGAGGUUAUGGCACUGGGCCCCUCUCAGGCAGGAGUCACAGCUAGCCUCACACCGAGCACCCAGUCUAGGACCCUCCCCCUUAUUACACCUCCUGACCGGCUCAGACUUGUUUUUGAGACAUGAUGCUUAAAUAGAAAUGGAAAGCUAUUGAACAGAAAGAUUCAGGCUCUUUAUUGUGGGCUGACGUCACUAAGAUAACUGAUAUCUUAAGUUUAUGUGACAAGAAGGAUGCACACACACAGAUUCUGAAAUUUUUAUACAUUUUGGCUUCACAAUCUUCUAUAACUUAUGUUUCUAUUUGAGUUAAGUGUAUCAAAAUAUGUCAAAGAUAUCAUGAAUUAAAUAUUUCAUAAAGGACUCUUAUACCCUUCAAAUAUUUUUCUCAAAUCAACUGGUCCAUAAAACGUCAAAUAUAAGUAAUAUUUUGUGAGACACAAUGUAAACCAACAUCAAUCCUCAAUUUACUUGAGAAUAAAAAACAAAAAUCUUAAAUUUUAGACAGAAAAAUUUGAGUACAUUAUUAAUGUGGUGGGAUUUGGUGGAGCAGAUUCGGUAGGAAUAAAAUAUUGUCUGUUCAGCUAUCUUAAAUUAUUAAAAAAGAAAGAAAAAACAGGUUAUUUUAAAAUUGAAAAAAAUCAUGUAUAAAUCCAUCAUUUCAUCUCCAUUAAAAUCAAAAUUUUGUGGUUAUUUUAGCCAGUAACAUGUUUUAAACAGAUUUGUAAUGAAUUUAAAAAGCAGUGAUAUCAGCCAUGUGAGGGUGAAUGCUAACAUAAUGACUAAAGACAAAAAACAGCCAUGCAUUGACCCGAUUAAUCCACCAAACUCCUAAAUAAAAAGUAUGUUUAAACUCGUACUAACACAGUACAGUGUUUCUGGAUUGAUUGAUCAGUCAUGUAAUGUUGCAUCACCAUAUCUGGUUAGUAAAGUGCAGGAUUAAUGGCGUUGGCGCCUCUUUGAAAGUGGCCGUGAAAUGCUGACACACACACAGAGUCACAUUGGAGAAGAUGUCAAUACGUCGCUGUAUCAGUCUCCAUCUGGAAAAGCUGUUGUUGGUUCUGGAUGUAAGGAAAAGCAGAGCAGUUCUGAGGUUUAAUCAACAUCUGUUUUUACAUAAAGAGAGACAUCUUUCUAAUGUUUAUGUGUUUGUUUUCUCCCCCCAAACACCCCCCUCCCUUCUCCCACAUCCAUCCUCAUAUGACCUAAUCUGCUGUGUCCUCCUCCUCCUCCUCCUCCUCUUCUCCUCUUCUUCUUCAUGCCUUGUCAAUAUCCUCCUCCAUCACCCUUUAUUUCACCUCUUAUAUAACAUACCUUUUCUCCUAUCUCCCUCGCCCCAAAUGUUCACGUUCUUCCUUACUUUUCCACUCUCAUUGUUUCUCUGUUUCCUUACCUCCCCUCUCUCUCCUCUUCCUCUUCCUGCCUCUCAUUCUGGCAUCCACCGAUCAUGUCGUUCUGGCCUCUGCCUACGCUUCCUUCCCGUUUAAUGCCACGUUUCUCACACUCCCGGCCCUGUCCUCUGCUGCUCCCAACUGCUUCCUUUUCCGCCUCUGCACUUGACCAUACUUCAAUCCUAAAUCUCCUGUGUGCUUGCCUUGCUUCUCCACUUCCUCUUCUCUACAUUCUCGCCCUUGUUUUGCACCCUCCUGUCACCUGUCCUCGCCCAUGACCUCCCACUCCUUGUCUGUCCAGUGCCCAUGGGGGUCUUCCCCCCACCCCUGCAGCAGGUGUUCCAUGCCCCCCGCCGGCCGGGCAUGGGCACCGUGGGCAAGCCCAUCAAGCUGCUGGCCAACUACUUCGAGGUUGAGAUCCCAAAGAUGGACGUCUAUCACUAUGAGGUGGACAUCAAGCCCGACAAGUGCCCACGGAGAGUCAACAGGUAACAAGACACAAUCACAUAAAACAGAAAUAAAAAUAAAAAUGAAGUGCUCGUCUGUUGUCGUGGUGAAAAUGCAGCUGAAAUAUGGGGUGCAAAAGCAGAAAAACUGCAAAAAUUGGAUAAUGGAAGCUCAGUAGUCAUCUCUAAUCACCACGGCGGCAGCAGAAACAGCUGGUUAGUUUUAAAAACAACUUUUUCUAACAACCAUUUGCCUAAUUUCUCGAAGCUGACUGACAUGUUUCGUGUCGGGAAAUCAUGAAGUUCUGCUGCAGUGAAAGCAGAGCUCCGCAACUCUUCAAUAAAACCCACUUAAAUUGGUUUUCUGAGCUCCAACGUGCUUCACGCUUGCACUGUAAAGCUCCAUCAUAUAGCUGAAUAAAUAUUUGGCUUGGAUGCAGAAUGAGAAGAUACUUGGUGAUGAAACUGCUUCUUGAUAUUCCAUUCCAUAUUAUAUCUUGAGCUCUUCUUUUGUAUUAAAGAUAAUCUAACCUUAAGUGAAUCUGUCAGCGGGAGAGAAAUUCAUGCGUUUGUGCAGAAUUAGAUCAAAUGAACCUGCAGGAAACCUCCUCCCUCUGCUGCACCUGUUUCUCUGGGCAGAUGGUGGAGUCAAAAGUGAGUCUAAAUUGACUUAACUCUGUCAUAUUGGCAGGUGUUCACGCUGAAGAGAGUGACUCACACUGCUUGGGUCUUAAUCUAAACGAAGUCAUUCAAUUGAAGGGUGAUGCAAAUGACAAUAUUAGGUAGAAUAUAGAAGUUGCACUCGAUGGAGAGGCAGAAAAAGGCGUAAAUGUCUGAAGUCAAUGGAGGUUUAAUGCGACAAAAGUCUAUUUAAUUUCUACAGCAAUGAAAAUGAAGACUCCUCUCUAAGUCCACGCAGUCGGUUCAAAGGAAAGCAUGGAUUACUGUUUUCAUUUUGGUGCACUUAGUUUAGUAAUUUAAUGGAACAAAUUGUCCCUGGACUGAUUUUGUUUAGCCUCACUCACACAUUUGUUUCAGCUGUGACAGAUUAAAGUAGAGAAACAAAAAAAACGCCAUGAUUUCUAUUUGAAGCAUUUAUCACCUAAAUCAAAAUUCGAUUCAGGGUAAAUAUGCCGCCCGUCUGCCUCUCUAACUUUUGUCAUGUCCUUCCAGAGAAGUCGUUCCUUUCAGAAACACCACCUUCUCUGUCCUCGAGGUGAAACAGCAGCACGCCGCACACGAUACAUAUGUUCGGUCAUGGUUGGACUAGGAGAAAUGAUCCCUCUGUGAAAUGUCAUCGCCGCUUCUACUCGGCUUUCUCUGCUUUUCAAUUCCACACUGAAUCUGCGGUGUGACACUCGUGACUUUGAGGUGGCUGACAACAAUCUGUGCCUGGAUAUCAUGUUUUACACUCCUCUUUUGUAAGGAGUCAUGUGUCAGGUAUUGAGGACUUGCAGGGAGCAGGAAUAUAAUCCAACAUAGAAUACACCCCUCGACAGUUUUCUCUUUCAAUGAUAUUAAGUUUUUUCUGUCUCUGGAAAAAAUACACCGUCAGUUCUUCAAUCACAUGGAGCCAUUGUUUUAAACAAAUGAAAUAAGAUCUGUGCAGCUUUUAUGAAUUAACUCGCACUUGAAUUUGCCUGUUAUCCUUUUACUUCACUCCUUCUCUCAUAAAGACUCCACAUAAUUCAUUUCUGUCCGUUAAAACAGCCCCGACUGAUUGUUCUCAUUGAGCUUCCUCUUAUUGUGGAUUUAAUAACAACCUUUGGUCUCAGUUCUUAAAAUCUCAGCUGGAAGACCAGAUUGAUUUCUCAAGCUCCUUUCACACAUGUUUUCCUGUUAGUUUAUUGAUAAUUCUGGGACUUUCAGGCACUGAUGUUUUUUCGUUCACACACGCACCUCUCACUGGAGAUUUGCUGGGUGUGCUCUGACAACUUGAGAUACUCCAUUUGGCUUAGGUGAGCGGGGGACAGCUGGGUAGCACAUGCAGAAGAGGGAGAAGUUGUCUGAAAUGGUGUAAUUUUCCACUUUACAAACACAACAGAUGAGACGAUACGGACAACUGAGGCGAGUAAAGAGGCUGAAGCAGAGGAAGUCUUCCCGGUGUAAACAGUGUAAUCCCUGUGGUGAAUUUCCCUGACUCUAACCUGCUGUGUUCGCACUCUGGACAUUUUACCAGGAAAAAGUCCAGACUAACGGCGGGUUCACACCACCCUCAAUUAGUCUCGUUAAACCGAACCCUGGAGCGUUUACCCCCUUGGUGCGGUUUGUUUGGGUCAGUGUGAACGCUGACCUCGAACUCUGGUGCGGACCAAAUAAACGAACUCUGGUCAGCCUGAAGAGGUGGUCUCGGAUCACUGUCAAGUGAACUCAAGUGAACAGGAAACGCACCACACGUCUCGUCUUUAUCCAUCUGUUGUUUGCAGCAUGUCUACUCCGGAUUGUAUUAAUUAAUGCCGCAGUUUGCGCUCGCUGGCUAACGAGCCGUUCAUACCCGCGAUUGACUAGCGUCUUUUGAUACGCGCUCCAGAUGAGAAGCAAAAGCAAAAUCAGCCUACGAUGCUCCAUGACAGGCGAAGACAGCAGAGCGAGGUUUGUAUUCCUGCACAGACUAAUGACCAAUAACCGAACGAUAUUAGUGGUCACGUGACUUCCAGUUCCGUUUUCUGGAGCGAUUGAGUUUGUCCUUUGUGAACGCAAACAAUCAAAACAAAUCAAAUCGAAUCAGGAAACUGAGCUUUAGGUGUGAACACGACCUAAGUCAGGGAGAAUCAUUUUAGCUGUUUUAAUCAAAUGUAGCCCAACCAGUUAAAGUCUGAACAUUUUCAGGAGUUUAGCAUUAGUUGAGUUUUUUGUACGUUCAUGGAGGUGGUUAAAAUAAACUCAUUUUCUCAGGAGAGCUGUUCGCCUGAAGAUGAUUCUUUCAAACCCAAAUGUGCUGCUUAUCCUCUCCAACACUCAGGGAGGCUCUCCGGGGUUCAGCCUCUUUUGGUUUUUAGGCUUUGUGACAAAGGGUCCAAGAAGGCAUGCAAAGGUCAGGACCUUCGACCUUUCCUUUUCAGAGCGGCUCCUCAUCCCCCACACUUCUGUGAAGGCCAAGGCACUGAGAUUGAACGGUGGCCCCCCGCUCACACCCUCACUCUUUUUGUCCUUGCCUCUCCCCCCAUGACCAUGAAAUAUUGCCCCCAGCAGCUGUAUCCUGCUUGAUCAAUAUUCCAUCAUCCUGAGAGCCGCCCCCCCUCUCCUCCUGAUCACAAUAGAGCGUCCUGAUCAGGCGGACAGCUUUAAUUGGUUGUCUUUUCUGUGGCUGGUGCCUGUUCAAUUCAGCCGGGUUUUUGUUGUUCUUACAGGGAGGUGGUUGAAUACAUGGUGCAACACUUCAAGCCCCAGCUCUUUGGCGACAGGAAGCCGGUGUACGACGGCAAGAAGAACAUCUACACGGUGCUAGCACUUCCUAUUGGGAGUGAGAAGGUAAAUGUGUGCUGUGGUUUUGUGUUUCUUUCUUCACACCAGAGCGUAAUAAACAACAGAUUUCUGCUCAUGAAUCAAUGAAGUCUAUCUGUUUUAAUGAGAAUCAGGUCAUUUUUCCAAACAAGUGAAGGGUUAUUGACAAACUCUGAUGAGAACGCACAGUUCAGGGUUUUUAAAUGUCUCCAGGAGAGCACAUAUUUCUCCCUCAGUGUCAUUAACAAAUAAUAAACCUCAUGCUUAAGGACACUAGAUACGAAGGGUUCUGCAUUCUGAUAUUUCUGAUCUCAAAGGAAUAGUUUAACAUUUUUGCAAAGUACUUUUUUUCCUUUGUUGCUAAAGUUUGAGAAUAUGAAACAUUUCUUCAACCCGUGCAUUAAAUUCAAGACCAUAGCAAGUCAGCCUAGAGUGGUAUAUGUACCUGAAAUGGGCCAAAAGGUAACCUGGCUCUGUGCAAAUGAGACUUAAAUGUGUUGAUAGCAGAACUGAAAUUGAUCAAUUAAAUUCCUGUUAUCUAAUUGACAACUUUCUUUGAACAUUUUUAGUCAUAGUCUGAUAAAAACCCAAAUUCCUCUGAUUGUUGCAUCUUAAAAUGGGAUGUUUUUUUUUCUUCUAUGUGACUUUUCCCUCCAUUUAUGUAAAUCCUGGACCUCAUUUGCGGCUUCAGAAAUUGUUUUUCUCACAGCAAAUCUUGUCUUUUCUGUACGUUGUUUCUCCAGGUGGAUUUUGAGGUAACUAUCCCAGGUGAGGGCAAGGACCGGAUCUUCAAGGUGUCCAUCCGUUGGCUGGCCAAAGUGUCAUGGCGCCUGCUGCAGGAGACUCUGGUCAGCGGGCGGCUGCAGGUCCCCCUCGACUCGGUUCAAGCCCUGGAUGUGGCCAUGCGCCACCUGGCCUCUAUGAGGUACUACAAGAGGGGGGUAGAAAUGAACCUCAGCCCUAAUUCCCCACACUUCUCUGCAUGUCUGUCCUGGAUUGUAAAUUCAUUUCUUGCCAAGUUAAUUUUGUUGUUGGCAUGAUUACCGAGCAGCCAAGCAAGGUGAGCCGGGAUGUUGCAUUCACUUGCAUCAGACUAUCAUAGCUCCAGGGGUCAGCGCCACUGAACAAAAGAUGCUUGUUAGCUGAGACCUGUGUGAAAGUGUCCACUGAACAAUGCUGAGCAGAUGGAAUAAUGAUAACUGGCUUAAGGACUUGACCUGAAAAUGGAGAAAAUAAGACGACCUCAAGCCAAGAAAGAAGUCACUUCAGGCAGCAUGACGUUUCAGAUGUUUUCACCUCUUUCAGUUUAAAGUUCUGUUUCACUAACACAAAGACCUCCAACAUGAGACAUCAGUUUUACUGGACGUGAAUCACGCUGAGGUCAUGCUUGAACUCCUGUUGACUCAUUUUGCACAUUCAUCAUUUUCACUUCCUUCCCGUCAGGUACACUCCCGUCGGCCGCUCGUUUUUCUCCCCACCUGAGGGAUACUACCACCCGCUGGGUGGGGGGAGGGAGGUCUGGUUUGGCUUCCACCAGUCUGUGCGCCCCGCCAUGUGGAAGAUGAUGCUAAACAUUGAUGGUGAGUCACUGAGAAUAAGCUCACCCCAGCGUCUGUAGUCCGGCAGUGAUCUCAUGGUGUUUUCCUGACAUUGUAUGACUAGACAGAAACCGUGGGACAUAAAUGAUGAAAAACUUUAUGACCGAAGGGAUUUUGAACAUUUUGUCACUUAAAUGACUUACAAAGAUGAUCUGAAGAAUAAAGAUGUGCAGCUGCUCCACCUCUGACCUUUGAAUUAAAACAUAAAUGUCUUCAACAGUGAGAUAAGGACUCUCAAAGGUUGUUGACGUCUUUUUUUGAGGUCCUUUUCUUUGCCUUGUGUGAACCCAUCGCUGCUCUCUGUCUCCCUCUAGUGUCCGCCACGGCCUUCUACAAAGCCCAGCCUGUAAUUGAGUUCAUGUGUGAGGUUCUGGAUAUUCGCAAUAUCGACGAGCAGCCCAAGACUCUCACUGACUCGCAAAGGGUCCGUUUCACCAAGGAGAUUAAAGGUGAGCUUCUGCUGUUUGUUAUCAGCUACUUUUACCCCAAUUACCUUGUGACUCUUUUAAGGCUCUUUUGAGUGUCUCGCUUCAGGGAUGACUAUCUUUUAGUUUCUGUCUCUACUUACUCAUAUGUUUCCUCUUUUCUUUUGUUUGUUAUUCUCAGGCCUGAAGGUGGAGGUGACCCACUGUGGCCAAAUGAAGAGGAAGUAUCGCGUAUGCAACGUCACCAGACGACCUGCCAGCCACCAGACGUACGUACAGCACCCACACCUCACUGAAUCCCAUCAUAUGACAUUAUUUGGCCAGAAAAUUGUUCCAAAGCUGGCCGUGCAGACUUGAAUUAACAUUUUACCACAGAGAUAGCUUUGCUGCUUGUUUGUUUUGACCAAACAGUUCCAGGAACUGCAGAGCCACAAGAACAGAUUUCAGAGAAGAAGAUUCAAAUGAAGAAAAUCCCCUCUACUGUGCAUUCCUGCUUGAGCUUUCACCACAUUUAAGACCCAUAAAGAUGCAACAGAUGACAACAGUGCCAUGUUUAAUGAUCGAGGCUGACAUUUGAAAAUGCAAAUUAUACAUAGUACGAGGAAACAAAAAGGCCUCUGUUGUCUCUGAGGUUACCGGUGCAUAAUGUUUAAAUAAAUGAAUGUAUUAAAAAGAUACUCAGAACUACUGAACAGCUGUCCAGGGUUCAUUCUACAUUCUAAAAAGUAGGGUAUGGAAAAGUAUAGAAAUUGCAACUGUGUAGUAACCCUGGUUGUCCAUGUUUCCACACUUGACAAGCGUCAAAUGGAUAUUUAUUUAUGCUGAAAUUUAGUCUUAUUUUCAUUUUUUCCACCUCCUUUUUCUCUCUGCAUUAAAUCUCUUGUGCUAUACCUCCUUAAAUCUCCUUUUACCUGACUCUCCUUUUGCGCCGGGAACUAAAUGAAAACUUAGUUCCUGCAUGUUAGUUUCUUAUUUCUUAGCCCUCCUGCAGAGUUCUAGUGCUGAAAACUCCCCUCAUGAUGGGAACAAAGGCUCUUCUUAUUUGAUAAUAGUAUUCAUCUUUAUUUUAUCCAAAAUGAUUCAAUUUUAAGUGCAAAAAUGAAUUUGGCAAAUUGUAGCUUGACAGAAUAUUAGAACUGCUUGACUUCAGUUUGAUUUCCGCUGACUAAAGGUGCUCUUGGUACAUUUUUCAGAGUCUGAUUUGUUUUGAUACCUCGUGAUUUUGGACGGGUUAGUAAAACAGGAGCAGACAUUUUGAGGAUUGCACCCGCUCAAAGCAAAAGCCUUCUUUUCUUUUCUCUUCCAGCAUCAUAAUCAAACUUCUCUUGUUUCUUGUCGUUUCUCCAGGUUUCCUCUCCAGCUCGAAAGUGGGCAGACAGUAGAAUGUACAGUGGCUCAGUACUUCAAGCAGAAGUACAACCUGCAGCUAAAAUACCCCCACCUACCCUGUCUACAGGUGGGGCAGGAGCAGAAGCACACCUACCUUCCCCUGGAGGUGAGGAGUCGAACCGUCGCACAAACUAAACAUCCAGAAUUCGUGAAUUUGGUUAACUGAUGUGCUCUGUUUGCGCUCUUUCUCCAGGUGUGCAACAUUGUAGCAGGCCAGCGAUGCAUCAAGAAGCUGACAGAUAAUCAGACCUCCACUAUGAUCAAAGCCACAGCCCGCUCUGCACCCGACAGACAAGAGGAGAUCAGCAGGCUGGUGAGUUGAGGAGACACGUUGUGAUUGGAGGCCUGAGACAGUAUUUGGGAAUGAGUGAUGUGAUCUAUAACCCUUCACUCUCCACAGAUGAAGAACGCUAACUUCAACCUGGACCCGUACAUCCAGGAGUUUGGGAUCAAGGUGAAAGAUGACAUGGCUGAGGUGACGGGCAGGGUGCUUCCAGCUCCGAUCCUGCAGUACGGAGGACGGGUAAUUAGUCUUUUAAUAUUUAAAAAAAAACUCUAUCAAAGUUUUCAGAUCAAAAAUCUUGCGGUUGCAUUUUCUCACACACAGUAGUGAGCAUGUUUAGCCGAGAACCUGACCUGAUUUGGUUCAAAUUAUGGCUCCUCUGAUCCUCUCCUCCGUAGAACCGUGCCAUAGCUACCCCCAACCAGGGAGUGUGGGACAUGAGAGGGAAGCAAUUUUACAACGGUAUCGAGAUCAAAGUGUGGGCGAUUGCCUGUUUUGCCCCCCAGAAACAGUGCAGAGAGGAGGUGCUGAAGUAAGUACAAACGAAUAGUCAUGGUGUGAAUUAAUUUUUGUGGGGAAUUAAAUCAGUUUUUUUUUUGACACUCAUAGGCUUUUUUGCAUUUGAUAGAGGCAAGUCAUGAAAUCCACCAUCAGUUUGAGAUAAGAUAGAUUUGCUCUGAAAAUAUAGCCUGAAAUAUGAGAACACAAAGAUUGUAAAAUAGACAUGAAACAUCAAAACACAGAAACAGCAGUGCCUGAAAAGGAAUAAUAAUGAUGAUUUCAGCAACAAGCACAACAUUGACAGUAGUGAUGGCAUUCAAACAGUGAGGCAGUAAAAAUCUGAUCACACCAGAUAAUGAGUUUUAAAGUAAUUCAACUGCAGUUAGCAUAUGUGAUUUAAAAUAUCCCAACGAUAAGGUAAUGAUACGGUGCAAAAACAAAACUGUAAAUGUGUGAAAUGUUCGCAUCAUUCUGUUUAUUUAGUCUUAACUUCUCUGAUUCCUCUACAGAAACUUUACAGACCAGUUACGUAAAAUUUCCAAGGAUGCUGGGAUGCCAAUUCAGGGCCAGCCUUGCUUCUGUAAAUACGCCCAGGGAGCAGACAGCGUGGAGCCCAUGUUCAGACACCUGAAGAACACCUACUCUGGGCUGCAGCUCAUCAUCGUCAUUCUGCCGGGAAAAACUCCCGUUUAUGGUUGGAAUUAAUUUUUGUCAUCCUAAAUUACUGUGUUAUCGAUUUUGCCCUGACUCUAAGCUCAGAGCUGCGUCAAACUGGUGUGUAAAAACAGAGCCCCAAAAAAGCAUCCAGAGACAAAAACCUGCUGUUGAAUAUCAUUUUAGAGAAACAUCAGUAUUUUAAUGUUUUAUUUCAAACUGUCCUCUAUAGCUGAAGUGAAGCGCGUGGGAGACACCCUCUUAGGCAUGGCCACGCAGUGUGUGCAGGUGAAGAAUGUGGUGAAGACGUCACCUCAGACCCUCUCUAACCUCUGCCUCAAGAUCAACGUGAAGCUGGGAGGCAUCAACAACAUCCUGGUGCCUCAUCAACGGUUGGUUUGUUUAUCAUCCCACAUCCCACAGCUCUCUCAUUAAAGUGUACUCGGCUUGUGUUUGCAUCAUCUUGUGUGUGGUGCCUUCAGCAGCUGAACUGCAUAUUGUGUAUCCAUCUGCUUCAGUAUUACAGUCUGUGAUAAGGAUACAACUCCCCUCAUAGGAACCCUGCGCUGCCUUUUAUGCGCAGUUGUAAUUUGCAUGUCCGCCUCGUUUCGCCCUCUCCCAGGUCAGCGGUGUUCCAGCAGCCGGUUAUCUUCCUGGGAGCAGACGUCACGCACCCCCCUGCUGGAGAUGGCAAGAAGCCCUCCAUUACUGCUGUAAGUCUUCGCAGUAACACCUUCAUUAAACGCCACCUUGAAUGCAAACUCGGGAAAUUAGAAUGAAUGUGAAACUCGUGCACGUCACAGGGUGUGAAGGUUAAGCUCAUGAGAGGGCGGCGAGCACUGGAGGGCUUUUGAAGGGCGUUUCUUGUUAUUAUUUCUGUCACGUUUAACGACCAUAUUUAACUGAUUGAUAAAAACAAAAUCCAGGAGAAUAGUGCAACUGUGCACUGCUGCUUUAGUUUUACUAUCUCAAGAUAAUAGGCUGUAAAAGAAAUAAUAACAAGUUCAGGUCAGAUGGUUUUGUUGCCAGUAACAGACAAGACAGAGUGAGACAUAAAAAAUACUCUAAAAAGCUUUUAACGAAGCAAUAGAAUAAAAUAUUUUCUGAACUCCAAAUUUUUUGAUGUAUAAAAUCAUAUUUAGGUUUAGAGAGAAGUUAUGUACUUCACAAAAGUCAGAGUUUUUUGGGCUCUCUGCCUUUAUUUUAAAAGGACAGCCAUAGAGAGUAAAUUUGAGAGGAGAGAGAGAGAGAGACGGGGGGGAUGACAUUCACCUCGUCAUGCUCUGUCUGGGAACUGAUCCAGUGACCGGUGUGAAGAGGACUGUAGCCUCUGUCCACAGGGCACCUGCUCUACCAACUGAGCUAAACUGGCAGCCCAGUCUGUGCUAUUUUAAGUUUUAAUUGAUUGUAGAAGCCACUAUUAAGAGGCAGGAGAGCUGCUUUUUGUCUAUUUUGGUAUGUCCGGUAUCAAUACACUAAAAAGUCAAGGAAUUGAUGAUUAUCUUUAACAAAAAAAAGGACUAUUAUGACUGUAAAGUAGGUUCUUUCCAUUAGUGCUGCCUGUGUUUGAAACCAAAAAGCACCAAAUCCUUUAGCUCUGUGCCAGCUUGGAUACACAGAUGGCUAAAAGUGGAUCAAAACUAUAUCAGGGGAACAGACGCCUUUCUGAAAGAAUGAAUCGUUGCCAGCACGCAGCCAUUUUAACUACACUUCUCUUUUUCCGAUUCUUUUCAAAGCCGAGCGAACUUUUAUAGUCAUCUAUUUAUGAGUUUGCAGUUAUGUAAGGCAAGAACUGCUUCAAUGAAGUUUGCAAACACAUCUACAUAGAUGUCAGCUCCUACAGCGAUGUGUCGGGAUGCUCCUUUAUUUUUGAGGCAAAUCACGAAACAACAGCGACAUGUGAUUAAUGCAGAUAACCUGAGGAUGUCAUCGAAGAGCAAAUGCACAGAUUUGUGGUUGCCUGGUUACAGUGGCACUGGGUCAUAGCGCACAGCGAUACUGCUAAUAAAGGAGACUGAUUCUAUAAAUAGUAUGUUUGAAGGAGGAGAGCUUUAGUAGCUUUUUAAUUUGUCACAACAUUCAGAUAUCUGAGUGUCUUUAAUCUGUUUGACUGCCAACAACAUGUAAGCAUGAAAAGAACGGGUGGAUGAAAGCUUCAACACAAUCUGGGAAUUCAUAAUUUAUUCAGGCAGUUUCAUGAAAACCAUCCUGUCAUUAGCUGCAGGUUUAUUUACAGCUUUAGUGGCUGUUGUGUAAUCUCUGGUAUUUCAUAACACUUAUCAAAUCUUUUGGCUGAUCACAACAUUUCCCCUCCCCACACACCAUUUCUUUUCUGUUGCAUCGAAUAACGAUAACUGCCAACACACGCCCAGAUGAUUUGAAAGACCGCUUGAUGAGAACCGUCUGUAAAGAUCUGAGAAACAUCCGUCCGUUCGAUCCACCGAAUAAAGCUCCCAUAAAAAAAGUAAAAAAAACAGGGAGGAGAAAAAAUGAUCACCCAGAGAGGAGUCAGUUGGGGAUAGAGGGAAACAAAUGGCUCAUCACUGACUCACGUUCAUAAAGGAAAUGACGUCAGCCAGCCCCUCGUCCGCCCUUGACCUCAGCUCGCCCGUGGUUGGCUGUGUUGUUGCCUAGCAAUUAUGACAAGCGCUUGAGUCACACGCAGGGAGGACAGGAGAGGAGAGUGGGCCGGUCUCGGAUCGUCCAGACUGAGGAGAAAACCAGAGAGAGAUGAGGAUUGUGUUGCAGUGGGAAGGUUUGAGAGAAGAAAAAUGAAAAAGUGGAUGUUGAGCGUCCUGCAGUUCUGGACGAUCACCUCUAGGGGGUGCUAUUGAACCGGUAUACACAAGGAAGAAGUCAACUCAUAACAGUGAAGACAAAUGAGACCAUGGAUCAUUUUAAGUGUUUCUUGUUGUAAACUUUCGCUCUUGAACAUUCAUUCCUUUCUUUGUGUGCAUGAACAGACUCUUCUAAAUGAAGACAGCAGACAGAUAGAGUUCAUUUACAUGAUUCCUCUGCGUCUUCAUUGUACUUUGAUGGAUCUCUUUCUAUACCCAACAGCACACUUUUAUCAAUGAUGGUAAUCGAUAACGCUGACAGCAUCCCGUUAACCUCUGUUGACCCCUCUCUCCACUCUCUAUCAGGUGGUAGGCAGUAUGGACGCCCAUCCCAGCAGAUACUGUGCCACAGUGCGAGUCCAAAGACCCCGGCAGGAGAUCAUUGAAGAUCUGUCUUAUAUGGUGCGUGAACUGCUCAUUCAGUUCUACAAAUCGACCCGCUUCAAACCCACCAGGAUCAUUUUCUACAGAGACGGCGUUCCUGAGGGACAGCUGCCGCAGGUAAUAUAGGGUCAAAGAACCCCUCACUUCACUUUAAACGCUAAAUUCGCAUAGUAAUAAGUUCCGUCUAACAUUGUGUCUGUUUGUAGAUUCUCCACUAUGAGCUCCUUGCCAUCAGAGACGCAUGCAUCAAGCUGGAGAAGGACUAUCAGCCAGGGAUCACCUACAUUGUGGUGCAGAAACGCCACCACACGCGCCUCUUCUGUGCCGACAAGUCAGAGAGGGUAAACCUCGUUUCAUCCGACACGCUUAAAAAACACCCAGCAUUAAAUGUUCCUUGAUAAUUCUCAUCCUGUGCUGUGUUGAUUUUGAUAGAUUGGGAAGAGUGGGAAUAUUCCUGCAGGGACAACAGUGGACACCAGCAUUACUCACCCCUUUGAGUUUGACUUCUACCUGUGCAGCCAUGCAGGCAUACAGGUACUAAAAAAAAACACAGACAGCGAGGUUACUGCUCUUCAAUUACCACGAGUUUUCUGUGUCCUCAUUUGCGUCGUCUCCUCUGUCUCCAGGGAACCAGCCGGCCGUCUCAUUACUACGUCUUAUGGGACGACAAUCGUUUCACGGCUGACGAGUUGCAGAUUCUAACCUACCAGUUGUGCCACACUUACGUGCGUUGUACCCGCUCAGUCUCCAUCCCUGCGCCAGCCUACUAUGCUCGUCUUGUGGCCUUCCGUGCCCGCUACCAUCUGGUGGACAAAGAACACGACAGGUUAGUGGGACUCACUUUGAUGGGGGGACAUAAACCAUCUCAGUAUUCUGGAUUUUUCAAACCUCAGGAGCAUCUUGGAUAUUUUAUAACAUUUCAAAGAAAGUGCGAUUAGCUGCUACUACGUGACAAGAUGAAAGUUAAAGGACAUCUACAGGCUGAAAUGUGUGAUGAUCGUAUUUGUAAAGAACUCCAGCUCAAUCCUUCAUUGUAUUGACAGCCAUGAGCCAUGUUAGCUGUUUGUGUUUAUUUAAAGCCCUGAUGUUCUUUUGAAUAUGAGACGAGAUUCGCCUCCAGCUAAUGGCACAGUUAACACCGUUUGAUCCAGUUUUGAUCAGAGCUUCAUUUCUGUCUGUCUGUCUGCACAACAAAGGCUGUAACCAGCUUUGAUGUCACUGAGGCCUCCGAAGCUUUAACCGUAUAAAGAAGAUCUGCACUGUUUACCUCUAUAAUUAAAGUGUUGUUGCUGUUCUUGUUCGGUUGGUGGGUUUGAGUUGCUUCCAUAUUGCAGAUUGGAUAAAGCAUAACCACGUGACUUAAUAUCAGGGCCUGACCGGUAUGGAUUUUUUUGGGGCCAAUACCGAUUAUUGGGGGGGAUAUCGGAUUACCGAUUAAUCGGACGAUUUUUACAUUUUUUUAUUAAGUUAUAAAAUAUAUAUAUGAAAACUGUAGAUAUACUGUAGACUACUGCUCUUCGUGCCGACAGGAAGACCGACUGAUCAAACUCAGACCAGAAAAGCGUUUUCAGACACUCAGCGUUUUUUUUGCAGUAUGAAUGUAACCCUUUUCUUCGCAUUUCAUUUCUGAAAAUAUCGGCGAAAAUCAGCGAGAAUUGGCCAAUUACCGAUUAGUCUCAAACAGGCUAAAACUGGCAGAUUUAAGCGGCAUGCCGAUAAAUCGGUCGGGCCCUACUUAAUAUGGCCUACUGUGACAGUGCAUGAAUGCCCACAGUGGAAAAAGUAUUAUUAGAAUUAAAAAGAGUCUCAACAGAAUAAAAUAAACAAUUAAAGUAAAUAAAAUAAUUAGGAUUAUGUUGGUUCGAAGUCCUGAAGGGAGUAUGGGCAACAGAGGUGCUGGUAAAAUAUAUCAGCUAUAAUAGAUUUGUCUUUCUUGUGUCCCCACAGUGGAGAGGGCAGUCAUGUGUCUGGUCAGAGUAACGGUCGGGACCCUCAAGCGCUGGCCAAAGCUGUCCAGAUCCACCACGACACCCUGAGGACCAUGUACUUCGCCUGAGCUCCACCAACCAUCACCACCAUCGAUCCCUCCCACCUCAUUUCUACCUGAGUGGGCACACGGCCCGCCACCUUCACCACCUCAUCCCCAUCCCUUCUCCCCAAUGACUGCCCACCACACAUCCUCCACAGGCCUGUCAGUCAUUGACCCAAAUCCAAGAAACGUAAGGCCCUUCACCUGUAAAACACAGGCAGACUCUACAGCCUCAUGCACUCAAAGGUUAUGAAUAUUAUUAUUAUUAUUGUCAUUUAAUUGUUUUUACUUUACCAGGAGUAUUGUUCUUUUUACGUUGACUUUUUAAAACUUGGGUAUUAUUAUGUAAUUGUAUUGUACGCUACCUUCACACUCCUGUGUAUGUAAGUAUGCAAUACGGAUGGGAGGAAAACAGGCGACAAAAAAUGAAAAAAAAAAUCACAAAAAACUUUUUUAACUGCCACCACGAUGCUGCCUCUUCACCCAUCCGAAUGCCGGAUGCCAGUGUUUCAAACCCCCUGAGUAUGGGGAUCCUCCAGAGGGUGGUACUGGGCACGCACACUUACAUGUAUCAUUUUGACGUCGUCAUGAACUACAUUCAUGUUUUUAAUGUUUUUUGAAUAAUGUUAUUUUUUUAAAACAGCCUUGAGGAGUCUGAGGUAUGGUACAUUAGCACUUAGUGUUAGCAUUGUAGGUGCCACCAGUCCUGCACAUAAGAGUUUGUUAGUCCAUUCUGGUCUUUAUACUAGCAGAGACAGAAAGAGCAGGUGUAGCAUAUCAUAGAUACAGGAGAAAAGUCCUGCCGCACUCUCUGUGCUGGUCGGCCAGUCCCUUAGAGAUUUAGCCUAUAGUGGCAAGCUUAGCAUAACAAUAGAGGGACCAUUUGCAUAGAGUGUAUCAAAUAUACUUGCACCCCAUGCACCUAAACCAGCAUUAUUAACCAGCCAAAAGUGAUGCCAACCAAUGGAAAAGGGGCACUUAAACCGGAAGAUAAUCUUUUACUUCUGUAUCGUCGCUCUUUGAGGAUUUAUAAGGCACUUUUUUUUAUUUACUUAUUGAUUUUUUUUUUUUCCUCCAAAAUGGCGAGAAUUGUCUGUCAUGAGGCUACACACAGCUUCCUUUGAAGUUUUCACAUCCACACACUUGCAUAGAUUUCAGAACAAAGAGGUAACUAAGGCAAUAGGCAAGGUCAACACACCUCUGUAGAUUUGAAUGCAGGCGAGUAAAAGUCUGUGAUCACUUAAGUGCUGCAAAGCUGAACUUGCAUUCAGCAAAUUGACCUUGCUCUGAUCGUUCUGCACAUUCCAACAUGUAUAAGUGGAGUUGACGCCACAUUGUGCACUCUAAACUUCCACCCACGCACUUCUUCGUGUACCUACCUAUCCACACUUGGACCCAUUUUUACUCAAAGCUCUUCCCUCAGCAGGCAUUAACAGCUCAUCACCUGGUAAGCAGAAGCACAUACACCCCCGCCCUCAGUCUCUUUGGAAGCAUGUAGAGACCUUUUCUGAUGCACUUGUUUCCCUAUUUCUCUCCAAGCCAAACACUUAUCACCCUCCUCAUCUUCACCUUCUAUUCUUGCUGUCACUCUGACUUUGAACAUCACAAACCUACAGCAUCCAGAGCUCCAAUCCCCUAACUUGUGUUAGCCAAUCCCUAUUGGUGCUCUGUGUGCAUGGGCGGCACAGAUAGGGGAUUGCUACAAUGGACAGGGUGGGCCACUAUUACUACUACUUCUCAUGCCCUGCCUUUACAUUAAGUCACUUUCUGGAUUUAUGAAAAAUAAUGCAUGUAAUUAUUUUUAUGACUGGAUAUUCUGAGCCACCUUAUUUUGGUUUUCUUAGAGGUAGGAGCCUCGCGCUCACCACUGCCUGUCAGUCGUUUUGCCUCGAUUGUGUAAUGGUUAUGAAAACUGCUUUUUUUCUUUGUCAUUAUUAUUAAUAUUAUUAUGAAUAUUGUGACUAGUGUCAGAGUGUAUCCUCAAGAGGGCACUGUGGAGACUGUCUCAAAAUUCCACCUCAGUUGCCCUUAAAGCGCCUCAAAUCUCGUCUGAUGGUCAAAGCCCCUUUGAGCUAAAAGGGAUCAAAAGAUAAGAAAGAGAUCGGAUGAGUUUGAUUUUUAAAUCAUGUUUAUUAACUCGCAUAAUCGAUAUGCCUUUGUACACCGUUUUACUGAUCCUUCAUUGUGUCCAAGGUGAUUUGUAUAUAUAAAUAUAUGAUAUUAACCUGUUAUGUAUUUUGGCUCACCAGUUGCCGGGCCUUUCACAGUUGGGGUCAGUGUUUUAUCCUCAUUCUGUGCUUUAAAAAAAAAAGGAAAAAAAUCAGUCUGGGGGGCAUUUCCCAGCACCACUGAAACCAGAUGCAGUUCUUCAUUCACUGAAGCCACAAAGCACCUUGCAAAUGGGGGAGACAAAAAUGACAGUCACCCUGAAAAAUGCAUCAUGUGGACACUGGAGAGUCCACUCCUCUCCACACAGCCUCACUGUCUGACUAAGCAAUAUUGAAGCCACUGAUCAAGAACAGUCCUUGUCAUAGCACUUCCCAAUAGAUUUGAAUGAAAGGACAUGGAAGCAUAUUAUUUUGGCUCUGUAUGUGAUAGUAUGGGAACUCUGUUGGGGCGGGUUAUUUUUUAAAGAAAAUAAAAUUGUUUUUUAUUAAUACUCUUGUUGUGUUACCUUCUUCUUGAUUUAAGACUAUGUGAUUGUUUGUGACUUAAUUUUAUCAUAAGAAUGAAAUUAACUGAAUCAUUUAAAAGGCGAGAUGGAGUCCUGUACUUGUUGCUUUAUUAUCACUAUAACCAACAAUGAGAUGACGCUGGAAUAGUACAA